UUAACCCCCGCCACCCACAGAAAUAAAAUUUAACUAGAACAGCACUCCCUUUGAAUUUUGGUAUUUCAAAUACGACCACCCACAUAAUAUUUAAAAAAAAUUGCCUUCCCUGGGGAGACAUAGUAUUUUGUGGAACAGCCCUUACACUUUGUACCCGAAUUUUCAUAAAACUCAACCAAUUCGGACUUAGACCAGGGAUAAAUAUGUAAUCUAUGUUCAUACCAGUAGAUAUGGAUAUUUUAACACCCUUUAGUACCCUGUACACCCUUCGGCUACGCCUCAGGGUGUUAAAAUAUCCUUAUCUACAGAUAUGAAUGUAGAUAACUUAUGGUAUAGCAUCAUUAACUAGGACCUCCUAAAUAAUUUACAGACAAUAAAAUGACUUGUAAAGAUUUCUUGAAGAACAAUUUUUCCUGGAAUUAAACAACAAUUGUGUUGUAUUUGAAUAUACUAGUAUACUUGCUAAUGGACUAUUCCAUCCGUGAUAUUAUUAUCACAAAAUUAGUUUUCCGGUAACAUACAUGUAAAAAUUUAAGACCAAAUAUUCAAAUACAACACAGUUUUUGUUAUGCACAUUUACUCUUUAUUUUUUUAAGAAAUUUUUAUAUUUUAUAAUUUUGAAAUGUCAUCUGCUGCACAGUGCAAAAAACUUCAUCCAACAGGUUCUUCAUCAGUUUAACCCCCUGAUGAUAUGUGAGGUUGUCCAAUCAAAAUCCUUGUUAUAAAAAAUGCAUUACAAUACAUAAUGAAUAACACACAGUUCAGCAGCUUAAGGAAUAUUCAACUAUGUACAUGUAACUAAGUGGUAAAUAAAAUUGUACAGUUUAGAUCUAUUUGAAACAUUGCCAUAAAUCAACAUACAUAUAAAUGUACUAGUAUGACAUUUCAACUAUUUUCUUUUAUAUCAUUUCAGAUAUAAACAUCUCCCAAAAGGUGAACCAUUGUCAAAUGAAAACCUGCGUAAGCAAUUAGAGACAAUGACAGAAAAUUACAAGAAAAGAUCAAGCCAACUUGUAGAUUUAGGCUCAACACAGAGCAAUGAAAAUUUCAACAAUAUAGUGGCAAGCAAGGCUCCAAAAAAUAGAUCAUAUGGUGGAACCAGCUCAUUAAAAGCAAGAGUUUCAGCUGCAGUUCUUCAGAAGAAUGAAGGUUAUACCUGGGUUAACAAGGUUAACAAGAAAGCAUUGUUGUCACCAGGCACAAUCUCUGUAAGAGUUGGACAGAGGAUUGACAGAAAGAGACUGUGGCAAAAGAAGAAUAGCUCCUCAGUUCUUUUCAAACGUGACAGAUUUAAAAGAAAGAAUAAGAAAACCUUUCUACAAAUUAAGGCAGCAGUUAUAGAAGGAGAAACAUAUCAACCACAAAUUGAAGAAAAUGUGUCGGUAAGAGACAUUGAAAAAAUUCCAACAAAAUAUUCUUUGGACGGCAUAGACAAUUAUGUUGUUUUUGAUUUAGAAACAACUGGGUUAUCAAGAACCUCUGAUAUUACACAAAUAUCAGCAUAUGAUGGGACAAACAUGCUAAAUCUUUAUGUGUCUCCACGACAAUCUAUUUCAUCAAAGGCCAGUGAUGUUACCGGUAUUACUUUCUCUUUUGAAAGAAACCAAAUGUAUUGCCAUGGUGUUCCAGUUGAAAGUGUUUGUAUAAGAACAGCCUUACUUCAACUAAUUGAAAUGAUACAGAAAAAAUCUCGUCCUGUGCUUGUUGGUCAUAUCAUCCAUUCAUAUUAUGUUCCUGUACUAAGAAAUUUGUAGCAGAGUUUAAUCUGCUGAGUUCUUUUGAUGACCUAAUUUAUGGAUGCAUUGACACUUUGAAAAUUGCAAAACGUGAAAUACCAAAAGCUGAUGUUCUAAAUUAUAAGCAGCAAACAUUAGUUCAAAAGUUUCUGGAGAUUGUUUAUGAUGCUCAUAAUUCUGAGGAGGAUGUUAGAAGUUUAUACAAACUGUUCCAUCUGAAGCUGAAACAGACAUGUUCUGGAAAGGAUUUAUUUCCAUUUAAUUAUUUGUCAAUUGUAGAGGGUUUUUCUAGUGUCAUUGUUAAAAAGAUUAUUUCUAAAGACACUGCAAGGAAACUUUCCUGCACAGGUCUCAACCUUCAUCACCUGGAACUUGCUUACAAAAGAAACAAUGACGAUGGCGUAAAAUCCAUCAUGCAGGAACAUGGUUUGAAAGGGAAAACAGCAAAUGUAUUCAAGAAGUUUUUUUCUGAAAAAGAGGAAUAGACUGUAAAUGUGGUUAAAGACUCAGAAAAUUUCAUAUUUAUAUGCUAUAAUUCUAUAGAAAAACUGGUUAUGCCUAUCUAAAAAUCUAAUCUUUUGAAACAACCCUUGAUAAUAGUUGAUUAUGAUUAAAGUGAAGUUUUUACUAAAUUUUGAGUAACCAAAGAGUAAUCACACUUAAAAUAUAUAUAAGAAUUAGGGAUUUGUUAUAAAAUUGCAGCAUCAUUUAAUAAUUACUCUGUCUGUAUGUCUGUCACAGUUUCCUUUUCUGUACAAUAAAUCAAGUUUGCCUCGACAGAGUGAAAAAAAUUAAUUCACAACAAGUAAAGUAUUUUCCUGUCAGAAUAAAUAUUUUCCAUUUAGUCAAUAAUGGUGGAUAACUUGCUGAAGCCUGACGGAUUAUUUCUCAUAUAUAUUUUUAUUUUGAUUGACCAAUUUUUCAUCAGAUCAUUAUGAACUUUUAUACAAAAGUAGGUGCUAUUGUAACAAUAUAAGUCAAUAGUUAUCAAAGUGAUCAACUGAUUCUUAAUAAAGGGGAGAUAACUUUAAUUUAUAUACAUAAACCAACAUAAUAAGCAUUAGGCUAGGCCAUAAAUCAGAAAUGAGGGGGACUCAUAAGGUCGUAUGAAAGUAACAAUAUUGUCAGUUCCAAUGCUUUACCAUCUUGCCCCAUCCCCACCCCACCAUUUUUUCCACAUUUUUUUUUUAAAGAUUUGUUGUAGCAAUCUGAUCUAUGGGCAAAACAAUUGUUUUAUAUGAAGAUUUAAUGGAAUAUGUUUUUUUAAAGAUUGCAGUUUGUUUUCAUGAAAUUGGACAAACGUUUCAGUGAGUCCCUUGGAAACUGAAUCUGCCCAAUAUUUAUUUUUGAGACUAAACACUUUUGCAAGUUUAAUCCACAUUCUCAAUGACAUGGAUAUAUAUAUGUUGAUAUUAUAUUAUCAUACUUCUUAUAUGAUUUGCAUAAUAGAGAAUACUUUUAUAAAAUUGGUUGAAAGGACCUCCAGAAGUUGUUCAUGAAGUUGUUUAUUUCUCGAUAGAGGACGUUGACCAAACUUCUAUUUGUAAUCAAUGAGGCUAGAGUACAUGUAACAUAAUCUGAAUCAAUGUUAAAACUAUUUAUUUGAAUACAAACACAAAAAAUUCCUUUGAUGAUUAUAAUAAGACUUUUAGUAUCAUGGAGUACAUAUUUUUGCAUGAACCAACAAAUAAAUUUAUGUGCCUGGCCAAUUCAAUGACACAAAUAUACUACAUGUAUUACCCUAUUAUGGUGAUAACGAGUGUGGAAUUUUGUAUUUUUUUUUGCCAAAAUUAAAGAAUAAUAUUAAGGAUUAAACACUUUUUUACAGGAAUUUAUUGGUUAAUAAACUGAAAAAAGAGAUAAACAAACAAUUUUAUUUCAAA